GUCUGUUGUUCACGCUCGCCUGAGAGUAGGAGCGCCUGUAACAGUGGACUGCUUUGAUACAUGUUGUUGUGGAGUCACAUUUUUGGGUUUGGACAACAAUUAAUGAGAGGAGACCGGAGCGCAUGAAGGUGGAAACCAUGAAUGUGGAUGCUCUGAGCAGAGUGGAGCUGCUGACUCUCCUCAGUAUCAUGGAGGGCGAGCUUGAGGCUCAGGAAGCAGUCAUCCACGCUCUGAGGGCCCAGCAAAGAGACACUUUUGUCCAGGAGCGCUACGGACAGUAUGAUCUAAGUGAUCCCUUCCUGGCCCUGCAGCGGGACAACAAAGCUGCAGAGCACCAGCAGACACUCUCCCAACCUCACGCACAUCUGCAGGGCCGGGCGGUGGGUCCAAACCCUCUGGCUGUGCUGAAACUGGUAAUGACACACUGCAGGAGGAUGCAGGAGAGGAUGAUGGGACAACUGGCCGCUGCCGAGAGCAGACAUAGGAGGGUGAUAGCUGAUCUUGAGGAGGAGAGGAAGUGCUACGCCCGAGAGUCUGCGCGGCGUGCUGACUUUGCUUUAAUGUUGCAGACAGAGCGAGAUAAACUCCUGCAGCAGUUGGAGGUGGAGUGUUCAACAGUGCAAAGGUUAGAAAAGGAGCGAGCCCAGGUGGUAAGCAAAGUGGAGGAGUCCCUGUCCCAACAGCAGCAGCUCUCCUCAAACCUAACACUGGAGCUGCAGAAAGCGAGCAAGCAAGCUCAGGAAGAGGCUCAGAAGGUGUCCCAACUUCAGAAGCUGCUACAAGAAGAGACGAGCGCGUCAGAGGAGCUUCGAGCUGCUGUCGAGGAGGAGAAAAGCAGGUCGGCCCAGCUGGAGGCCAAAUGUGAGAGGCUGCAGGCUGAGUUUCAUGCGGAACAAGAGCAGUUAAAAGUCAGGCUCAAAGCAGAGGAGGAGAGAAGAAGGGAGCUGGAGAAGCAAGUGCAAGAACUCAAUCGGAGGUUGGCUGAACCUCAGAGUUGUAGAGCAGUAAAGGAGGCCGUGGAGGAAGUAAAAGAGUCCAAGCCGGCGAUGGUGUCGACUUCUGUUCAGACGGAGCACAAUGGAAAGAUGAAUGUCACUCCUAAAUCGUCCCCACUGCCAAAGACCAACGGCCUUCACCCUCUUAAAGAGAUAGAUGUGUCCCAGGAGGAUAAAGGAACAGAAAAUGGAAUGGAGAAUGGAGGUGGAACAUCUUUGCAUUUCCCUCUUCACCCUGUGUCCCACCCUCAUCCUCAGUCUCCAUCCAGCACUGCCUCUUCUUCUCUCUCCUCUUCCCCCAUCUCUUCUCCGAUUCUUGCUAAGCGGCUGGGCAGUCCAGGCUUCCAUCAGUCCUUCUUCCAUGCCGGGGUAAACCAGCGCUUCCAGGCUGCCAGGAACAAGUUUCAGAGCCAGGCUGAGCUGGAGCAGCAGCAGCAUGGUGGCCCCCUCUCCCCCAGAGACCUCUCCCCCACCACAGCCUGCACUUCUCCUCCACCAGAGCACAGUCCAGCGAAGCAGCUAGCUCGCAACACCGUCACUCAGGUUCUGUCUCGUUUCACCAGCCAGCAGGCCGGAGUAAAGCUGGCACCGAUCAGUAGUUCUCCGUUUGGGACGGACUAUCGCAAUCUAGCUGCCUCUCCUACUGGAGGGAGAUCACCGUCCUCGGGGCCUCUGUCUCCUGGCAUCCGUUCCCCCCUCACUCCUCGCUCAGAGAAGAUGCACCCUUCACCAGUGCCACUAAAAAGACCAGGUAUCAGUCCUACACCCGGCUCACCGAGUCACUCGUUGAGAACAGCCCUUUUUCCAGAGCUGACUGGGAACUGCGGACACAGCAGCAGUGAGCAGGAGGGAGUGAAGGGAUCAGACCUGGUCUUAUCUUCUACCGGUUCCUGACAGCCUCAUGCAAACACUACUUCCAAAAUGAAUCAGGAAUAAAAAGAUCUUUUUUUUUUCUCAAUAAUAUCCCUGUCUGCUGUUCCAUGCAAAAUGUCUUAGUUGCAAUCCUUAACUUCACAGUUUAAGUGUGACUCUAUCAAGUCAGGAAGCAGCUCACAUCCAAACUGAUGAUGUGACAGGUUUAGUGUGGGUUUCCAGAAUCCAAAGUGUGGCAGAGACAUGAAAUGGAAAGUCUGCAUGAAAGGCAAAAAAUGUUUCAACAAAAACAGUUUUAAGAUAAAGCACAAAGAAUGAAAGGCAAAAGGAAAAAUAGUUGUAUCUCAAUUUUUAAUUUUUUUUUAUUUUACAAAGAUUUUGAAGAAACAAUAUUUUCAUUUCACUAUUCGUUUACAUUUCUAAUAAAAGCCUAAUCAACUAGAAAAGAAUUUAAGCAUCAUGCUGAUUGUUUUACUUAAAAUCAAGUUUGGUAAUAAAUUGGUUUAGAAAUAAACUGCCUAACAAAAUGUAGAUAUACUUUUUUUUAAAGAACAUCUGCUCUUCCAAGCAACUGGAAAACCACUAGAACAAAACUUAUGGAUGCUUGAAUAAAGAUGUAAAUUUAAGUAUUCUUUCAAUUUGUGCUUUUAAAGUUCUUUAAAGCGUAACAAAUAAGUACUCUAUACUUUUUAACUUUUUUAACAGAUAUUAUUGUUCAACUGCACUUCUCCAAUUAACAAUUCAUUUAAUUUUUGAUUUAUUUCCAACACUAACUAAAAGCAAAACUACUUAGAAGAUGUUUUCCAAGUGCUGACGCAUUCUAGAAAUUGUAAACUAUGCUGUAAAUAUCUUUUUAAAAAGAACAAACUUUGCUGCUGUAAAACAAAUAUCACAUGCAUGUAUUCUAUUCUAUUGUCUUCUUCCUUAAAAACACUGAGCUUUGUAUUUGAAAGAAAGCACACUUUGCACUGUUUUGCUACAACAGGUUUUAGACUAAAUCCAGUUUUUUCAGGGAUGAUGGUGCAACAUUUUUUUUUGUAAACUUAUCACUGUUAUAUUAGAAUCUAAUAAUUUGUCUCUCCUGUAGUCAAAAAAUGAAUUGCAUCAGUUAAGUCUUGUAAGGUUUUUUUUUCCUUGUCUUGUCUUAUUUUCAUCAGUAAAUGUAUUGUAAACACUGCUUAAACCAACUUUAUUUUAAAUAAAUGGUCCCUGUUUCAAAGUUUCCUCUACUCAGUUUCACUUUAACCAACUUUGAGUUGUAAGUACACAAUCAUAAGCAAAAAAAGGACUAAAAUUCAACAUGUUUAUUCCAUUUGUUUAAACAGAAUUGGGCAGUACAGUUUUGUGCUGUAAAGCGGAAGUAUAAUCUUAGGGUUGAACACAACACAUAGUUCAGUUGACAAGUGAUGAGGCGGCCGGCUCAGAGGUCAUGUAAUGCAUGAAUCCUACUACAGUACAUCAUUUCGCCAUACAGUUACUGUUUUGCACUGAUCUGGAAUUGGUAACUAUAGUUUGUUACAGUUUCAGGUGUGAUACUUUAAGACUUUCAACAAAAUCCAGCAUAUUAAAAUAGAAAUAUGCAUACAUGAAUAGGAUGAAUUCUUUACCAUAGGAAAGAGAAUUUGUCCAAAAAAAUAAAAUAAAAAA